UGAAAACUCAGUUGCUCUCUGAGCGGUCGGGUAGAGACUGCUUUCGGCUUUUUUCCUGCUGUUAAUAUCUCCUCUAGAGAGCUGCAACAAUGCCCAAAAGAAAGGCUGCAGAUCAAGGUGAUAUGAGGCAGGAGCCAAAGAGAAGAUCAGCCAGACUGUCUGCUUUGCCUGUGCCCAUUACACCAGAGUUGAAGUCCAAAAGAACAUCAACUCCAAGGAAAAUGAAGACAAAAAAUGAUACGAUGGAACAAAACACAGAUGCAAGUGCCAAAGCCAUAGCUGAAACCAAGAAAGAAGUUGUUAAAGAAGAAUACAACAGUGAAACUGCUGAAAAUGGAGAAGCUAACAUUAUAGAGACACCAGCUCCUGAAAAAGAAACAGAGGAAAUAAAAGAAGAAAAAGUUGAAGAUAUCAAAGAAGAAAGAGGAGAGUGCCAAACAGAUAUGCAUUCAGUAGAAACUAAACUUCGAAUUUUAAAUUUUGAUAUUUUCUCAGAUGUCAUUAAGAAUGUUUGUGAUUCAUGGGAAGAGGUAAAAAUGUCAACAUCAACAGGAGUUUGGAAGAAGCUAAUUCCAAAGUUCAUGGAUGACUUUGAGGGAUUCAAGACUUCCGUGGAGGAAGUAACUGUAGGUGUGGUGGAAAUAGCAAGAGAACUAGAAUUAGAAGUGGAGCCUGUGAUGUAA